AUGGACAAAAUGCAGGUUUCGGAAGGCUCAGAAGGUGGAGGUGUCACAAGACCAAGAUCAGCACGAGAUGUCAGUCUUAGUUCUCCCGCUGGCUCCCCUAGCUCGCCUAGUGAACCAUCGGUGUCCCCUCCGCACCCUCAUGCAGUUACCAAACCUAAACUAUCUUUCAGUAUCAGUCGUUUAUUAGGAGAGGAGAAGAAAAAAGAAGACAACAAGUCGCCUUCAUCGGAUUUGGAGGUUAGCUGCAUGCAGUGUGACAAUCCCCAGGUGUCCUAUUAUGAAAGUAUCAGUAACCUUAAUGUCACGUGCAGUUCAGGACUGCCGUCAUUACACCUGAACAGUAUCAAAGCUCCAAUGGCGCAUAACUUCAUGCCAAGUUUCGACAGUUUUACUAUGAACGGCGCGGGCUCUGUGAUUCGAGUGCCUGCGCACAGGCCAGCACCGCUGCCGUUCACCUCGGCAUUCCCAUGGAUGGGUCCCGCUCAGUCUCUUGUGAAAGACCGUAUUCAAGCUCUUCCACCUGUGACUACCAGAAGGAUAGGUCAUCCAUACCAGAAUAGGACGCCACCAAAGAGGAAAAAGCCCAGAACGUCCUUUACCCGAAUGCAGAUAUGUGAACUAGAAAAACGUUUCCACAAACAGAAGUACCUAGCCUCAGCCGAAAGAGCUGCGCUGGCCAAGCAGCUGAAGAUGACGGACGCACAAGUGAAGACGUGGUUUCAGAACAGGAGAACGAAAUGGAGGAGACAGACGGCAGAAGAGCGAGAGGCCGAACGACAGGCCGCUAACCGGUUAAUGAUGUCAUUACAAGCCGAUGUUGUUUCUAAGACGAUCUAUGAGAAUUCUAGAGAUCAACUGUGCCUCAGCAGCCCUUCCUUACAUGCGCUACAAAGUCUCCAGCCCUGGUCCAGCGAUGCGGCAGCAUCAGUUGCCGCCAGUGUCGCCCAUCAUCAAGCGCCUGAUAGGUCGGCUGCUUACCUGGCAGCGUCGUCUUUCCCGACUCCUAUUUGUUGAGCACC